UGAGGUUAGGUUUGUUGUUUUUGUGAGAAAAAAAACUGUUUUUUCGUGAAAAAUCCACAAAAAUAAUGUCUGAGGACGCAGUUUUGGAGUGUUUGCACAUUGAACUUGUGAAUUACAUUCUGUCGGAUAAGGGGGUGAAGAACACGGAGAAUGACCUUUCGGAUUUGGAGUACAUUGGCUUCACGACGGGCUAUAGGAUCAUUGAACGUCUCACGAGGGAAUGGCCACGGUUCAAGGAUGAAUUGGAGACGCUAAAGUUCAUCUGCACGGACUUUUGGUCUUCCAUCUACAAGAAGCAAAUCGACAAUCUCCGGACGAAUCAUCAGGGAGUGUAUGUGCUUCAGGACAAUGCAUUCCGUUUUCUCAUGAAGAUCUCAACGGGUACGCAGUACUUGGAGCACGCCCCGAAGUAUGUGGCUUUCACGUGUGGCCUCAUCAGGGGGAGUUUGCUGAAUUUGGGAAUCAAUAGCACGGUUACGGCGGAAGUUCAGGCAAUGCCAUCCUGCAAGUUUCACAUUCAAGUCAACAGGACGUGAAGAAGAGGAGAGAGAGAGCACGUGGGAAAUGUGGUGCAAGACGUGGAAAUAGGCGUGAUAAAAAUACCAACAACAGCAACACGUUGGGCAGAUUUCUUUAUUCUACAAUAUUGCGCAUGGGGGACUAAGUAAAUACUUUCCAUUAUUAAGAGAAUUGUUUUGCUGUCACGCAAUCUUCCUCCGUAUGGGGAUUGUCUCUGCAGCAGCCAGCAGAAUGGGAAGCCAAUAAAUCCACACUCAUGUAUAAUCUUUCCAAAUAUUUAUUUAUCAAACUCUGAAUAAUGAUUUUAAGAAUAAAAAUAUUUGAGACACAAA